AUGAUGUUUCGCCCCUUCAGAGUCUGGGCGGCGACUGUUGCUGCUGUCCUGUCCCUGUCGUCGGUGGCAUCAUGCUACCCGCAACUCCAAGCUGAAUUCAGCAAGAGACAGAUUGGGUGUCGUAACCUGAAAGACUCGUAUGACUACAUUGUCAUUGGCGGCGGUCAGUCUGGCCUGGUGGUUGCGAACCGACUCUCUGAAGACCCGGAUGCGACUGUGUUGAUCGUCGAGUAUGGCUACUUUGACGACAGGCCAAUGGUCCUGCAGCCGCAGAGCGCCACCAGUUACCCGAGGCAGGAUCUCUUCAACGUAACCUCUGUGCCCCAGAAAGGACUGGGUGGCUCCAGACAAGCCGUCUAUGCGGCGUGCGUGGUAGGAGGAGGAUCGACCAUCAACGGCAUGAUGUUGAAUCGUGGUGCGGCAGAUGAUUAUGACAACUGGGAGAAGCUCAACAAUCCUGGCUGGGGCUUCAAUGACCUCCUUCCCUACUUUGUCAAGAGCACACGCUUCGAUGCUCCAGCACCGCAGCUGCAGAAGGAAUUCAACAUCACCUGGAACGAGAGUUCUUAUGGCAGUGACGGACCUAUCCACGUUAGCUAUGCCCCUUUCCAGUGGCCAGGUGUGAAGAUCCAGUACCAAGGCCUGGUGGAAGCCGGAGCUGAGCCCCAGCUGGAUGGAGCUGAUGGCCACGCUUAUGGUGUCUUCUGGUAUACAGUCCGUACAGUACACCCUAUUUUGGUAGCCGGCCAAGAACUGACAAAUCAACAGAGCGCCGUUGACAAUGCGACAGUCACUCGGUCGUAUGCCCGGAAUCAGUACUACGACCCAGUCGCAAACCGCGAGAAUCUCCAGAUCUUGACUGGCUGGCGAGUGAACGACAUCACUUUUGACGAGAACAAGCAUGCGACUGGCAUCCGUAUGCAAAAGCGCGGUACAGAAGCGGGUGCUCAAGUCAUUACGGUCAAGUCAAAGAAGGAGAUCGUCUUGACCGCAGGCGCGCUUCACAGCCCGCAGGUCCUGCAGCGGAGCGGUAUUGGCCCGGCUGCGCUCUUAGAGAAAGCCAAGAUCGACGUGGUCGUUGACCUUCCUGGGGUCGGCAGCAACUUGCAAGACCAUGCCGUCAGCGGCUUCUCGUACCGGUAUACGACUGACGUCGAACCGAAUCCGACGACGACUCAAGCCCAGAACAAGACGUUCGCCGAAUGGGUACAGAAGGAGUGGAAAGAGAACAGAUCUGGCCCAAUGUCACAAACGACUGGCAACACUGCCGGUCUCCUGCCCCUCAAGGUCGUCAGCCCGGACCGCUGGGAGGAGAUCGUGGCGGCCUACCGCGCCCAGAACGCAGCCGACUUCCUGCCGGGGACCUACACCGCCGAGCAGGUCAGGGGUUACGAGGCGCAGCGCGCCAUCCUCUCCGACUCCAUGACCCGCACCGACAACGCCGUGGUCGAGCUGCCCAUCCAGGGCACGGGCAGCGGCGCCCUCGUCCUCACCAAGGAGGUCAGCCGCGGCACCGUCCUGCUCGACCCGGCCGACAUCUACGCGGACCCGGUCCUCGACUACCAGACGUUCGUCAACCCCGUCGACGCCGCCAUCGCCGUGGAGAACGUCCGGUUCGCGCGCCGGCUCCAGCAGACGCCCAGCGUGCGGGCGCUCGGCCCCGUCGAGCAGGUCCCCGGCGCCAACGUCACCAGCGACGAGGCCCUGCUGGCCGUGGUGCGGUCGUCGUCGGGGAGCUCCACGGCUCACAUCUCGGGCACCUGCGCCAUGAUGCCGCGCGAGUACGGCGGGGUGGUCGACUCGGAGCUGAGGGUCUACGGCGUCGGUGGUCUCAGUGUCGCGGAUUCGUCGAUCCAGCCCCUGAUUCCCGGCGCGCAUAUCUGCGCUACGGUCUAUGCUGUUGCAGAGAAGGCUGCGGAUCUCAUCAAGGCUCGGCAUAGAUAG